UGGGGCCGCCCUCACCUGGCGCAGGUGAGCAGCGACGAGGGCGGUUCCGGCCCUGCCGCCAUGGAGCCUGUGGGUGCUUGGGGCCCUGCACAGACUGCGGCCUGGCUGCGAGGGCUGGACACAACCGUGCAGGGGUAUCUCUUUGAGGAGUGGGGUCUGGCAGGAACUGAGCUACUGAGGCUAUCAGAAGGAGCUCUGGAGGCACUGGGAGUAUGGCGUGUAGGACACCAGGAGCUGCUGCUGGAGGCCGUGGAGCAGCUCCGAGCUCUGGACACAGAGCUGGGGAGCACCAGCCUGAGGACACUAACAGAGAGGCUAUGGGAGCUGGCACAGCGCACUGAGACCACGGUACUGGAGGGGUCACCUGGAGGGGCCACCCUACCGCCACCCCCCAUCACCCUGCUGGCCUGCGUCGUCGAUCUGAUUGGAGCUGCCAAGAGGCUCUUCUCCUGGCUCAACAGGUACCUCUUCUCCACCCUGAAUGACUUUUCAUCCACUCGGGACAUCGUUCUGCUCUGUGCCCACCUGGUGGAGGUGCUGCAGAUGGACUGCUCUACUGCAGAGCGGAACAGCCAGAUUCUGUAUAUAGUGAGUGCUGGACAAAGAAGGGGCUGUGGACAUGGGGGUCCCAGCAGUCCUGGACCCACCCCAUAUCUACAUUUUUACCCACAGUGCCAGCACAUCAUAGGCAUCUGCAAGAGCAUCGUGGGCUGCAGUCCCCCAGCACUGCUGGACCGCAGGGCCAUGCUGCAGCAUGUGGAGCUGGCACUGCCCCUCACACCACGUGAGAGCCCUCCAGAUUCCCCCAGCACCCCCACGCUGCCCCCUGAACUGUGGGGCAGCCCCCCACCAUCCCCCAGCACCCCAGUGCUGCCUCCUGAGCCACCAGGGAGCCCUCCAGCAUCCCCCAGCACCCCGAUGCUACCCUUCAGUCCACUGGGCCUGGAGAUCACCUCCACCAGCUCCUGCAUGCACUUUGUGUCCAUGACCAGCUCAGAGGCCCUGGCUGUGCACGGGGGUCGCAUCCUGCCCGGGGAUGAGAUCGUGCAGGUCAAUGAGCAAGUGGUGGUGGGUUGGACACGCAUCAACCUGGUGAAAAAGCUGCUGGAGAAGGCGAGUGGAGUGUCACUUGUGCUGAAGAAGGUGCCCCUCAGCCUGCCUGGCUGCCCCCUGCCCACCAGGCUGCAGGUGCCAGGUGCCCAUCUGGAUGGUGUGGAUCUCCCCAAAAGCAGCAAGUGCCCGAGCAGCCCCUCGUCCCCUGCAUCCAGCACCACUGCCGACGUGGACUCAGGGCCGGACCCCACCGCUGACAAGGACAAGCACAGCACAAGCCAGAACAGGGAGGACGUGGGUGAGCUCCAGCCAGCAGCACUCAGCCUCGGUACUGGGGAGGACGCAGUGCAGGAGGCCAGCACCCCACCAGGCACCCCAAGCUCACUGUGUGCCUUCCAACCCUGCACUGCAGAGUGCAGCCCCACAGCAGCCCCCAGGGCACAAAGUGCAGAGCCCAGCCAGACCCCCAGGGAGGGCAGCCCUGAGACGGGACGCAGACCCAAAGGAGUGGCGACCAGGCUGAGCCGCCGGCGGGUCUCAUGCCGGGACCUGGGCCGAGUGGAUUGCGAUGGCUGGCUCCUGAAGAAGAAGGACCAUGUGGGCUUCAUGGCCCAGAAGUGGAAGCGCUGCUGGUUUGUGUUGAAGGGCCACACGCUCUACUGGUACAACCACCCCAACGAUGACAAGGCUGCAGGUCUCAUCAAUGUGGCCACUUACAACCUGGAGAGCACAAGGGAGCAGAAGAAGAAAUAUGUCUUCCAGCUCUCCCAUGAUAAGUACAAGCCCUUUGUCUUUGCUGCAGAAACGCUGGCAGAUUUGAGCAUGUGGGUCAGCCACCUGAUUACAGCUAAGACAAAGCAUGCACUGGCCCACCAGCCUGUCCCGCACAGGGAGGAAGAUUGCUACAGCGAGACAGAAGCUGAGGACCCUGAUGACGAAUCUCCCCGGCACGGCUGUGAAUUGCCAAAUAAAAGGCUGCAGAAUGCUCCAGAGAAAGGCCAGCUCUUCCAGACUGGUGGUGAAUCCAGCAGCCCACAGAGCAGCCCUCAGCCCCAUUCACCUGCAGAGCCUGGCGAGGAGGACCUUGAGAGCCUGAUGUGGUGCCUGAGGCAGGGCGGGGUGUCCCUCAUCGGACGGCAGCGCUUCCUGACGCAGGAGCAGUGCCGCAAGUCCUUCAUCCGGCGCAACAAGAACCCCUGCAUCAACGAGAAGGUGCACGCGGUGCGGGCCCUGCAGAGCACGCUCAAGGCGAAGCUGGCGGAGCUGCAGGCCAUCGAGCAGCUGCUGGAUGAUGCCGCGCUGACCUCUGAGAAAUUCCAGCGCUGGAAAGAAGAGCACCAGGACCUGUACCAGGAGCUGCAGGAGUGGUGGGCACAGCAGCAGGGCCAGGACAGCAGCGGGGGACACGAGGCUGAGCAGAGAUCCCCAGCAGAGGCAGCUGAGCCCUGACACCCCCCAGAGCCUCCCCAGGAGUCAUUUCUCAUUGAACUUACAGCAAAGCGGGUGCUCUGCCUGUCCUGGAUCGGUGCGGGGGGGGGUUGGUGACACUGCAAAAGGCUCAGCCCCCACAGCGGCUUCUGCUGGAUCACCCACAAGGGUGGGACACUGCAGGGACAGCCCUGCUUUUAUCUGAGGAUGCUUUACAUUGAGGACAGGGCUUUGUCCUGGCGGUGUCUGCACCGUGCCUGCAGCCAGCAGCAAUUCUGCUGCAAAUAAACCGCUGACAGCUGUGCCA